AUGUUUGUCCUCUCCAUGGGCAAGCCCAUUACAGACGUAUGGCUCUCAGAGACGAGCUCCACCCUCAUCCAACAAUUCUAUCCUUCCGAACAAGGCGGACACGCCCUCGCUGACGUCCGCUCUGGUGAUUACCAUCCCUCCGGAAAACUCUUCGUCAGCUUCCCUCGGUACGUCGGUGACCUGCCCAUCUACUAUGACUACUUGGAUUCGAGCCAUGACUCCGGCACCAAGUACGACAACCGACACUUGUAUUUGGCCACCAGUAUGUCCUUGGGAGUCCCAUACCAUGGUACCCGUUCGGGUACGGGAAGAGUUACCCGAAGUUCAAGUACGGGCUUGUCAGCGUAUACAAGACGAAGGUCACAGCGCCGGACACCGCCACGGUCAGUGUGGAAAUCACUCAUGUCACCGCAUCAAGAGAGCACCGAGGUAGCCUAG